GCAAUGCGAGCGCGCGGAGUCACUUUCUCACUCUCCGGUUUAAGAUGGACGGGACCGAGACCCACCGGCGCAACUGCGCGACUCAGGAGCCCGGCGUAACGGACCGGAUGCUGGACCCGAGUGAUGGGAACGAGAAGCCUGAAGAGAGGGUCACGCUCAAAAAGGAAAUCGGUCUUCCGAGCGCUUGCGCCAUUAUCAUAGGCAACAUCAUCGGCUCUGGGAUCUUCAUCUCCCCUAAGGGGGUGCUGGAGCACGCGGGCAGCGUGGGCUUCUCCCUGGUGGUGUGGGUGCUGGGGGGGGGCAUCUGUGCGCUCGGCUCCCUCUGCUACGCUGAGCUGGGCGUCACCAUCCCCAAGUCGGGCGGAGACUACUCCUACGUCACCGAGAUCUUCGGGGGACUGGUGGGGUUCCUGCUGUUGUGGAGUGCAGUGUUGAUCAUGUACCCCACCACUCUGGCUGUGAUCGCUCUCACCUUCUCCAACUACGUGCUGCAGCCGGCCUUCGCCAACUGCCUUCCACCUUACAUCGCCACCCGCCUGCUCUCCACCACCUGCAUCUUGUUCCUGACGUGGGUCAACUGCUCCAGUGUGCGCUGGGCUACGCGUAUCCAGGACUUCUUCACGGUGGGGAAACUACUGGCCCUCUGCCUCAUCAUCAUCGUGGGCCUAGUGCAGAUCUGCAGAGGCUACUACGAUGCGCUGCGGCCGUCGGUGGCGUUUGAGUUCAUGAAGGAGCCGUCCGUGGGCCAGAUCGCACUGGCCUUCCUGCAGGCCUCCUUCGCCUUCAGCGGCUGGAACUUCCUCAACUACGUCACCGAGGAGGUGGUGGAGCCACGCAAGAACCUGCCGCGUGCGAUCUACAUCUCCAUCCCGCUGGUGACGCUGGUGUACACACUGACCAACAUCGCCUACUUCUCCUCCAUGACCCCCGAGGAGCUGCUCGCAUCCAACGCCGUCGCCGUGACCUUUGGGGAGAAGCUGCUGGGGAUGUUCUCCUGGAUCAUGCCCAUCUCAGUCGCACUGUCCACGUUCGGAGGCAUCAACGGCUACCUGUUCACCUCGUCAAGGCUGUGUUUCUCCGGGGCCAGAGAGGGUCACCUGCCCUACCUGCUGGCCAUGAUUCAUGUGAAGAACUGCACCCCUAUUCCUGCCCUGCUCGUCUGUUGCAGUGCCACCAUCCUGAUCCUGUGUAUCGGUGAGACUCAUGACCUCAUCAACUACGUGUCCUUCAUUAACUACCUCUCCUACGGAGUGACCAUCGCCGGCCUGCUCGUCUACCGCUGGAAGAAGCCCAACCUCGUCCGCCCCAUCAAGGUGAACCUGCUGGUGCCCCUGAGCUACCUGCUGUUCUGGGCAGUGCUGCUGUGCUUCUCGCUGUACUCUGAGCCGGUGGUGUGUGGCAUGGGCCUGGUCAUCAUGCUGACCGGAGUGCCCAUCUACCUCGUCGGAGUCUACUGGCAGAGCAAGCCCCAGUGGAUCAACAGCAUAGUGGAGAUGCUGACGUACGCAGGUCAGAGGGUGUGCUACGUGGUGUUCCCGCAGGAAGACCCCGAGGACACCACCGCCCCCGUGGAGAUGGAGGCCAAAUCUGAGCUGUGAUUGGCCAGCUGGGCCCCCGCCCCUCCCCUCCUCCCUCUGACCCGUCCAGUCAUAUUCACCCAUGAGACUCCUCCUCCUCUUCCCCUCCUCCUCUUCCCCUCUCCUCUCCUCCUCCUCCUCCCCUCCUCCUCUCUCUCCCUCCUCCUCCUCCUCUCCUCCUCCUCCUCCCCUCCUCCUCUUCACCUCCUCCUCCUCCUCCUCCUCUCUCUCCCUCCUUCUCCUCCUCUCCUCUCCUCCUCCCCUCCUCCUCUUCUCCUCCUCCUCUCUCUCCCUUGUCACGCAGCCCUCGCCCUCAGGACCGUCACCUUGACCUUUGACCCCCCCGCCUCACCGGGACCCGUCUCCACCAGUUCUGCCCACCCAGAGCCCAGUCACCUGAAGAACAGUUCCACUGCCCCCUACCCACCUGAAGAACAGUUCCACUGCCCCUACCCACCUGCAGAACAGUUCCACUGCCCCCUACCCACCUGCAGAACAGUUCCACUGCCCCCUACCCACCUGCAGAACAGUUCCACUGCCCCCUACCCACCUGCAGAACAGUUCCACUGCCCCCUACCCACCUGAAGAACAGUUCCACUGCCCCUACCCACAUGAAGAACAGUUCCACUGCCCCUACCCACCUGAAGAACAGUUCCACUGCCCCUACCCACAUGAAGAACAGUUCCACUGCCCCUACCCACCUGAAGAACAGUUCCACUGCCCCCUACCCACCUGAAGAACAGUUCCACUGCCCCUACCCACCUGAAGAACAGUUCCACUGCCCCUACUCUUCAUGAAGAACAGUUCCACUGCCCCCUACCCUACCCACCUGAAGAACAGUUCCGACCCCUGACCCCGGCUGACCCCGGCCGACCCCGGCUGCGUUCCGUUAUAAUGACCCGUAUGCUGCUCCGCUGGUUCUA